ACUUUUGUUCAUACUGGAGAAACUGCAGUAGGACUUUUUUUCUUCUUCAGAAUAAGCUCUGUUAUUGCUCUUAGUCCACCGGUAUACUACUAAAGCUCACUUUGUCAAGAAAUAAAGAUUGAAUGAUCCAUACCACCACUGUUCAUUGCUAGGUACAGGAAGAUACUUGAGAACCGUGGAGGCACAUAUGCAGAAAUCCUGAGAGAAACCUGGGCUGGUUUUAUUAGCUCUCCCUGGAAGAUGGAUGCUUUUGAGGGAAUCCACACUGUGUGUAUUUCAUCUUCUCCUCCAGCAGUAUCCACACCAAGCUCUGGAUAUGAGCUCCUGGUGACGGGCAGCAAAGGAAUAGCGCUGUACUCCUCCCAUGCAUUUUUUGGGAAAGAGGAUUCUUCAGGUCACCGGCAAAGCAAGCACAGCAGAGCUAAAAAAGAGGAAUGUCCUGUUGGAAAGUUGAUAGACCUAGACGCAGACCUGGAACCUGGCACAGAGUCUGGAGGAGGCCGAGGAGACACAAUGCUCCAGGAGGAGACAGAGACUCAGAGACGAGAAGCCUACAGCAUGUCUCGUCUACGAAGCUCUUCUAUAGAGAUCAGAGAGAAAGGCACCGAGUUCCUCAGAGAGCAGCUGGACGCUGCACAGAAGGAGUUGAAGCUAAAGGGAGAGGAAUGUGAGCGACUGUCUAAUGUGAGAAUCCAGCUGGAGCAGGAACUAGAGGAAUUGACUGCAAGUCUCUUUGAGGAGGCUCACAAGAUGGUGAGGGAAGCCAAUGUUAAACAAGCAACUGCCGAAAAGCAACUGAAAGAGGCACAGGGCAAGAUUGAUGUGCUACAGGCAGAAGUGAGUGCACUAAAGACCCUUGUGUUGACCUCCACCCCGUCCUCCCCUAACCGCCAGCUCCACCCCCAGCUACUCUCCCCAGGGUCCAGAGGAGCUUCGUCUCGGCCGGGAGGACACACGCGCACCAAGAGUGCCACCCUCGCUCUGCCUCAGCUACAAUCAGAGUUACCCAGUGAAAAUGCACACACCAGCCGGGAAGAAAAAGAGUUGGACUCUGUGUUGUUUGCCGAGUUUUUGUCUUGGAGAGAGAAACCAAGUCUGGAUCGGUCAUCUGCCUUCCUGACCCGGAUCUACAGAGAAGACAUUGGGCCCUGUCUCUCUUUCACAUGCUCAGAACUGUCUAAGUCAGUUCAGAGUGCUGUGGAGAAUAACUUUUUGACUAUUGAGCCUGUUGCUUUGACCGCAAUGUCCACGCACAAGGCCUCGACUGUUGAGUGUGGAGGACCCAAUGGCUGCCGAGCACCAGUAGAGACGAAGUGUGCCCUGAGUGGAAUGUCCCAUCUCUGCCGACAUCGCAUCAAACUGGGAGAUAAAGAGAAUUAUUACUACAUCUCUCCAUCCAGCAGAGCUAGGAUCACAGCAGUGUGUAACUUCUUCACUUAUAUCAGAUACAUCCAGCAGGGUCUGGUCAGACAUGAUGCUGAGCAGAUGUUCUGUGAGGUGAUGCGCUUGCGACGGGAGAUGUCUGUAGCCAAGUUAGGGUUCUUCUUUACAGAUGACAACUGAACGACACCCAGAUUCUGUGUGUGAAAACCACAUGUAGAAAAAGAAUGAGGGUGAAGACAGUACCAGGCAGGCCAUGAUCACGGCCCCUCUGCAAGUUUAGAGCCCCGAGGUCCAGCGGCAGCCCACCGUGAGCCUGGAACAGUCUCUCGGUCAACUCCUCCACCAUCAUCUGCUCAGGAGCCUGGAGUUUGGCUGGGGACAAUAACAAACCCCGCAGCACUGGAUCUAUACCACCUACAGAAACAGAGAAUACUAAAUAUAUCACAACACAAUAUAGCUUUCUGUGGCCAAACAAAAGUUUGGCCAUAUAGUGUAUCUUCUCCAUUACUGUAUAUGUAUAUUUGCUCCAUUUUCACAAUAUACAGCCAUACCAUUUUUUUUUGUCUAAACCUUAAACGUUGGAAUCAAUUACUGUCCUUAUGUGUAUUAAUCUGUACCACACAUGACACACAGAGACUAAAUUUGUGUGUGUUUGUAAGUAUUUUAAGUCAGACUGUGUUUUUUUUUUGUCAUGUACCUUCUUCUACCACCCUCCAGGAGGCAAACAGUGAGUGGUGUAAAGGCAGUGGUGGAUAUUUAGGGUCAAGCUGAUAUCCAGGUCCGAGUCGGUUCACUAUGGGCUGUACAGUCACAUGGGCGAAGCGGAAGGCAGCAGUGGAGAAGCUGUUGGUAAUGCUGGGGUCGACCUCAGGGUCAUAACCCUGAUAGGGGGGCAUGAGUUCAGCAUAUGCUCUGUGCCCCAGGACAUGUGGCAAGUAGUGAUCCCACGUCAGGACCUGCGAUGGCAGUGAAUAGAAAUUCCCAGUUCUCAGCCAGAUUGCACUCAAAUCUAACACAAAUUUGGUGUAAUUACAUAUAUUUUUCUUGAACCUGAUGGACAGCUCCAAGGAUUUUCCUGGCCUCUUGGUACAGUGUAUCUGGGCUCCAGUGGGGAUUGAGCAUAUGUAGCUCCUUGGCUAAUCGAUUAUGCUCUCUCAGAAACAGUGUGUGGAGAGCAAUCAUCCCCAAGUGUUCAUUAGCCCGAGAAUCACCUGAAGGACACACACCAGAGGAGGACACAGCGAUGUAAAGCAUGUUUGCCAAUGAUGCGCCCAACUGAUAAUAUACCAAAUUAAGCACUGAUGUAAAUGUUUAGUAAUAGGUCACAGAUCUAACUGCUUGCUAUGCAGUAAGUGGACCAGUACUAGGUUUUUAUUCAAAGUCCCCUUGCAGAAACGGUCAUCUCUUAUCUUUGUACUUUGCUCACUUAUCCCAGUGAGGACAAAGACGUUACUGAGGAUCUAGACAUCUCAGUAACAUCUGGACGCUGAAAGAAGACUGUCAGAAAUAAUAAAUUAAAAAAUCAAUCUUGAUAUGACCAUUACAGACUUAAAAUGGACUAAUUUUAGUCAGUCCUAAAUAUGGAUGUCCAUGGCCAUCUCCGGUCACUUGGUUGGUUUAGAAUGAAUUUUAGAAAUCUACACAUUUAUAGUCCUGUAUCUGAGUGUACUGACUCAAUCAAAACAUGAUUUUAAUGAGCUGUGCAAAGAAACAUACAAACUUUUUUUUUUUAAAUUAAGAACCACUUUUAUCAUGAUUAAUGACAACAGCAUAUCUAUUAAAAAAGGGAGCUCAAAAA